CCCAGAUCUCGUGAGUGAGUGAGAAGCAAGGCAGGACCGGAUCUCCAGGACCCGAGUCCUGUUUUCUGGUCCCUGCCGCCAUCUGGCAGCGUGAGCUUGGGCAAGCCCCUUGACCUGUCCGAGCCUCAGCUCCCUCCUCAGUGAAGCAGGAGUAAAAUACCCAAAGCCUUACUGUGAGGAACUCAGCGCUGGUUCAGGCAGGGUGCUCUAGGUCAUCAUAGUAACGUAGAGAAGAUACAUAGAACGGCAGAGAAGGUCAGGGUGGGGACGGGCCUUUGGGGUCCAUUCGUCCCCACUCGGGACAACGGAGGAUCUGGGAAACUGAGGCGCCGACGGAGGGCCAGUGGCUGUGGCACUGCGGGGAGUGAGGAGGACCUAGAAGGGGAUCCACCUGCCCUGCCUCGUGAGGCUUGGAGCAAAGCACAGGUGGGGCGGGUGGCCCGAUGCUGGGAGGCAGGAAGUGCCCAGGGGACAGAGGAAGGAGCCGGGAGGCUCUGCCCCGCGGACCCCCCCGGCCCGCGGCCCACCGGGCCUUCUGUGCGUUGCUGGCACGGUGCUCCCCUCUCCAUAUGGCAGUCGCUGGAGGUUGGUGGCUGCGCCUGGGAGCCCGGAGACUGCUUCCUCUGCCUGGGGAGGGGGCAGAGAGCAGAGCCGAGUGGGUAAUUAUAGACAGCCCUCCACCAGGCCGGUCCAAACCAGUUCCCUCUAUUCCCGGCGUGGCUCGUGGCGUGGCUCGUGGCUCGGAGCCGAGCCGCCCGAUGGGGAGAGCGAAGCAGAGGCAGCUUGGGGGAGGUCGGUGGGGGAGGGACAGUCAGCUGUCGCCUGUGCUGCCGCUGGGCUCUUCAGGAGAGGCCUGCCCAACUAGCUUUUCUGGAUGUCCUGCAGGAGGCACGGGAGAAGGCCUGGGCUCUUCCGGCCGAGAGUUUGCCAGGCUCCCGUGAGGGAUCUGAGCCCACCUGACCUCAGCGAGAGGCCCUGGAGUAAACCGCAGGUUUCCCUGCCAGGAGACAGCUUGCUAGAGCGCUGGAGCUGGGGGCUGCUUCGUCCUGGUCACUCUGUGCCACAAACCUCCCUGUUGCGUUAGAACAGGGCCCAGACCUUUCUCCUGGCCUCCAGCACGGGGAUCCCCUAGCUGCCCGUUCGGCCUCAUUUCCUACUGCUCCCUGCACCGCAGCCAUCCUGGCCCACUGCUGUUCCUGACCUGGCCGAGCUUGUUCCUGUCCUGAGGCCUUUGCACGUGCUGUGUGACUGCUGUCCGGAAUGCUCUUCCCUCUUUCCGUGGGUGGCUCCUUAGUCCCCUUCGAGGACCGAGCUGAAAUCUCACGUCCUCCCAGUGGCUUGCCCUGAUGUGCCUGACCAGGGAACCCCCUCCUCCCCCAGUCCUCCUUGUGCUUGCUUAGUCCUCACAUCGCCUCGCUGACUUCCUGUUUACUGAGGGCCAGGUCCUUCUCCUUUGUUUACUGCUGUCAUCUGCAGCGUCUGGCACGGAAUAAGUGGAAUGAAUGGCUCGUGUUUGUUCCCCAGAGGCUCAUCCAAAAUAGAGGAAGCCUGUGAGAUCUACACCCGAGCAGCAAACAUGUUCAAAAUGGCCAAAAACUGGAGCGCUGCCGGAAACGCUUUCUGCCAGGCUGCCCAGCUGCACCUGCAGCUCCAGAGCAAACACGACGCGGCCACCUGCUUCGUGGACGCCGGCAACGCGUUCAAGAAAGCUGACCCCCAAGAGGCCAUUAACUGUUUGAUGAGAGCGAUCGAGAUCUACACGGACAUGGGCCGAUUCACGAUCGCGGCCAAGCACCACAUCUCCAUCGCUGAGAUCUACGAGACGGAACUGGUGGACAUCGAGAAGGCCAUCGCCCACUACGAGCAGUCUGCAGACUACUACAAAGGGGAGGAGUCCAACAGCUCAGCCAACAAGUGCCUGCUGAAGGUGGCUGGUUAUGCGGCUCAGCUGGAGCAGUAUCAGAAGGCCAUUGACAUCUAUGAGCAGGUGGGAACCAAUGCCAUGGACAGCCCCCUCCUCAAGUACAGCGCCAAGGACUACUUCUUCAAGGCGGCCCUCUGUCACUUCUGCAUCGACAUGCUCAAUGCCAAGCUCGCCGUCCAGAAGUAUGAGGAGCUGUUCCCUGCGUUCUCUGGCUCCCGGGAGUGCACGCUAAUGAAAAAAUUGUUAGACGCCCACGAGGAGCAGAACAUUGACAGCUACACCGAAGCGGUGAAGGAGUACGACUCCAUCUCCCGGCUGGACCAGUGGCUCACCACCAUGCUGCUUCGCAUCAAGAAGACGAUCCAGGGUGACGAGGAAGACUUGCGCUAAGCACCCCCAGCCCCCUGGCACCCAUCCUCCUGCCCCAUCUUCUCUACCCCCGCGCCCCUCCAGCGCGUGAACCCAGAGACGUGGGGCCGAGACCUUGGCUGCGAGACCUCCCCUCCCUUCCCGCAGAGGAGUCUCCCCAAGCCGCGGUGCGGGCUCAGCACUGCCGCGGGGCCCCCGAGGCUGGGCCUGCCGGCCGGACAGUCCCCCUCUGUUCUCGCUGCACCCCCUCGCCUCCUGCCCGUUUAUUUAAUCCCCCCCUCCCCCCAGAGGUGCCCUUCUCUACCCCAAACACAGAAUCUCUGACACAGACCUGUUUGCUGUGGGUGCCGCCAGGGGUGGGGGGUCAGCAUCUGGUCCCCCGCCUCCUGACCGGCUGAGUCGCAAGACUGGCUUCGGUCUCUCCCACCUGUCCUCCAGCCGAGCCCUGAGCACACGUAGCCGCUGAGAUUUGCUCUCCCCGUGGGGGCGGGCUCCUUCCCCUCCGGUGCCGGGAACCCCCACGGCAUCCUGCAGCCCUGACCUCUCAGGAUAGACCGCAGGCCCUGGAGCUCAGAGGGCUGUCCCCGCGCCCACCCUGACAUCUGCUCCUUCCCUAGUGCUUUGAGGUUUUGUGGUCGGAAGCUGCAGCUGGCCUGAGAAAGAAAAAUAAAAAAGAACACUUCGCAUGA